GACGCCAGCAACACAUAUUUACCAAUCAUAAGUAGGUAGCUAGAAACUGUUCGGAUUUAAGGAACAAAUUUAUUGCUAAGUUAAAUCAAAUACUGCUCCACGUAGAAAACCACAAACUCCUUUCAACGGCGUAACUACACUGUGCAGCAAUGUCCAGAUCGGCAAAGGGCUUUGGUCGUUUAAUCAAUCCGGGCGUGGUACUCCAUCCGGAACUGCAUCAAAAGAUGGCCGACUUUGAGGCCAUGACCAUCGAGCGAUCUGAUUUGGAUCACGAAUUGAGCCGAUUGCGCAAGCAGCAGGACGAUACCGAGGAUAAUUUGGCAGAGGCGCUGGCCGAGGACGAGUUCCAGUGCAAUUUGAGUGGCCAGCCAUUCGUUGCUCCCAACGAGGACGAGCUGCAGGAAAUUCUGAGGAAUCACCUCGGUAGCAUUAUCAACAAGCUGGCUGCCACGUACGAGCGCCUUAUUUACCUGGAUGCGGACAUCAGGAAGCUGAAGGGAGUCAUUGAAAAGGCCAUCACAGUGGCUAAUGAGGAAUCGGCAGCAGCCGCCUCAAUGUGAAGAUAUGUAUUUAACCAUUACAUACGUUGUACUUCUACAUAUGUGUAUCUUGAAAAUUUCAGUUCGAUUUAAUGUGCAAGUAAAGUUUGCAACUUUGCCAUAUGUACCCGUGUGCCGUCGAUAAUCAGUAAAAUAUGUGUUACUUUUGGAUAAUGAAGUCCACGUUCGAUGCAACGCGAAAUCCAUUCACACAUUCCGCUGGACAUCUUAAAUCAUUUUGGGUGAAAUUAAAGCCGCAACAAUCUCAUUUCCGGUAAUUCUUUAUGCACUCGCGCACAGACAAUCCAAUGCGAGCCAGAAGACACUGCAAAUUUAAUUGCGUAUACGCAAUGUUGCCACUGCCGUCGCGGAAACAGCAUCCGCUGCGGCAGCAGCUACACUCUGCUGACUCUAUCGUUAAGUGCAUAAAUUCAAUAAUGCCGAGCGUCUGGCGGUGUCAACGCGCUGCAAAUAUAUAGACUCGCCGGAUCGAUAAAGCUGAAGCUUGAAAAUUUAUGGAAUUUCCUGUGCAUUGAAAAUGGUCGCCAUUUACUGAAUAUAUUUAAGUAAACUACAGCUCAAAACAAAAAUGCAUAUGUUAUAUAUUGACUUUACAUAAAACCCCAAAAUGUUUAGAAACAUAAGAAAUUAAUUCUACUUGGAUAAAGUUAAACUUAAACAAUUCU